GCUUCAGUACCAAUCCAGUCUUCAGAAUCCAGUGAUAAAGCGUCCGCGUUCUCUCUAUUUAAGGAUUAUUUCGACAAGAGGUUGGGCGCCUUUAAGCGCGAUAUUCAAGACGAGUCGAGCAGUAAUACCGAUUCUGUAGCCAAAAAGCUCAAAGAAGAAUCCAAGAUCACGUUUAGAUUCGAAGGUAAUAAGAACAGUUUCAAGUCGGCGUCAGUUGCUCUCGGGAAGAGAAAAUUAGACCUUGUUAAAACUCACCUGGAAGAACUAGACUCUGACAUCAAGAAGCGCAACAAACUUAUCAGACUGGCAGACAAGUCCGCCGCCGGUUGGGAUUUGGUGAACGAGUAUUUAUCUGACGAGCUGGCUAUCGGGUCAGAGAACGAAAAGCGUAUCCGCCGUGGCAAGCAGAGGGCCCUUCGUAAACGCAGCCAACGCCAACAGAAAGCGAAGCCAUCCGAGCAAGGUUAUUUACAAUCAUCUACCGCAACCACCGCGUUUGCUGGCCAACAUUCAUCACCCUCCAGACCUAUUUCUCGUACUUUUGGCGCUUUCAGGAAACCAAGACCCAGUGAUAUUUGUUUCGCCUGCGGCCCUGAGCAAGGUCAUUGGAGGUCUCAGUGUCAAGUUAAUCCUCAAGCCAGAUCUUCAAGCUCCGGGCCGUCCUUUCCUAGUUCUUCUGGUCUCUCGGGCAUUGGAGGUAAAUAGGACCACAGAAUUGAAAACUUGUUCUCCAAGGUUAGAUAUUAGCUUUACUCAAUUUAUUAGACAUGUAUCCUUCCUAUUUGGACUAUUUCAGGGAAAGGGAUUCUAGUUCAUUAGUCGAUUUCGAUUAUGAUCGCAAUCUAUUUGAAUUUAAACAGAAUUCUGCAUUGCCAGUACUUAAGAGUAGACUUAGGUCCUGUUUAAGUUAUUAGCACACUAUUGGUGCCAAUAGUUUUGUUAUCGAUACUAUUAAAUUCGGUUAUCGGAUCCCAUUCAUUAGCACACCUUGUCAGGCGCGUUUUUCUAACAUUCAGUCAGCUCUUAAUAAUGCGUCUUUCGUCGAGUCGGCUAUCGCUGAAUUAGUCCACACUCACGCCGUCGUUGAGGUGCCCUUUAUUCCACAUGUCGUUAAUCCGCUCUCUGUCUCGAUACAGUCUUCAGACAAGAAGAGGCUUAUUCUGGACUUACGUCAUGUCAAUCAUUUCAUUUGGAAACAGAAGUUUAGGUGUGAAGAUUGGAUAGUUUUAUUAUCAUAUGUGAAUAAGAGCGAUUACCUUUUCAGUUUCGAUCUCAAGUCUGGAUAUCACCAUAUCGAUAUUUUUCCGGAUCACCAAACUUUCCUGGGUUUCUCCUGGGUUUUUUCUGGUACCGUUCGGUAUUUUUGUUUUGCAUCACUUCCGUUCGGUCUUAGCUCAGCCCCACACGGCUUCACCAAGUGUCUUAAACCACUCGUUAAGUUUUGGAGGUUUAACGGGAUUAAAAUUGUUGUGUUCCUCAACGAUGGGUGCGGGAAAGGGGAUUCACUGCCUAUGGCCAAGGAAAAUUCAUUGUUUGUGCAAUCAUCCUUAAGCAGUGCUGGGUUUGUUGCCAACUCCGCCAAAUCACUAUGGAACCCCACUCAGCCGCUUGUUUGGUUGGGUCUAAACUGGGACUUGUACCAUUUCUAUUACCGAUAGACGUAUUUCCAAAUUUAUCGCUGUGAUUGACAAAUUUCUUCUAUCUGCACCUUAUGUUACGGCUCGGGAUUGUGCCGUCAUCGCAGGUCAUGUUAUGUCCAUGUCGCCAGUUUUGGGCAACCUGAUGACUCGUCUCAAAACCAGUUUUCUUUACAAGGUCAUAAAAUCCCGCCGUAGUUGGGAUUCCCGUUUUAAUAUCGGGCUUCAUAAUCAUUUCCUCUCUGACUUCUGAAUUUUUAAAAACAACUUUCCAACUUCGGCGAAACACCAAUUUAGUACAACUCUCUCAUACGUUUUGACAACAAGCCUAUCCAUUAUCGUAACUGGUCCUCGGCAGGUAUUUACCUCGUAAAUGACCUUUUCGAAGAGGAUUCACAAUUUUUAACUUUUUAUACUUUCAAGGAAAAGUCUGCGAUAAAAGCUCACUUUCUACAGUACCACGGCGUGAUAUGUGCCAUCUCGAAUAUAAAACGUAAAAACCAUUGUCCACAAAUGGAAGGUGCUAAAACCGACACCAAAAGCCUAUUAUUCUCCGAGGCUUUCUGUAAAUUAGCUUACAAAUCAUUUCUAACUCAAACCGCCUCUAUCCCUCGUGAAAGUCAGGAAAAAUGGCUGACAGACUGCAACUUUUGUGACUUUGACUCGAUUGAUUGGGGUAAGUCAUAUACCCUUGCUUUUCUAUGUACCAACGAAUAAUGGGCUAGUCCCUCCCGUCCACUGCAUUACUAGGGCGGUUCAGCAUCUCCUUGUAUGCGGUGCGGUUGGUACUUUAGUCGUCCCUUAUUGGCCGUCUAAUGUUUUUUGGCCUUUCUUGUUCGCAAAUGCAAUUCAAUUCCAACCGUACGUCCUUGCGUACAUUCAUUUUCCCGACCCCUCAGGGAUUUUUGCCCUCGGGAGUUACAAAUAUUCACUCAAUGGUUCAGACAGGUUUAUAACAGCACGGUCCUGGCAGUCAGAAUUGGCGCUAAGGGGCCCUAGUUCCUUCAAGCCAAGUGGCUUUAUGUUGGCCCACGUGUUUUUUGUUCCGCUCCUCAGUUCUUUUGUUCUUGUUUCGCAUGAAACUAGCUCGCCGAGUGGCUUGUUUACCUUUGUUUUUAAGUUGGCCCAUAUGGCCUUAAAUAGUUUUGCAUCCCGUAAGCGGCAUUAUCAAGCGUCCAUUUUUUAUUGCUGUAUUGAUUCCCGGUGCGUGUAAGGAAGAAUUUUGGCAUGUAUUUUUGUUCUUAUCCUCGUAGAAGUUCUCAAAGAUGCCUAGCAGCCUAAUUUUCAACAGGUUGAAGACAGGCGACUCCGGGCACCGGUUCAAGAUCUCCCCGCAGUUCUUCUUAAAUCCAAAGCCGACAGUACCGCGAGGAAGUACGAAAAGGGCUUCGAUACUUGGAGAAAAUGGGCUUCUCAGUUUAAAGAAAUUGUAAUAUUUCCCGCUUCUAUUGUACACAUUUCAUUGUUUUUUCUUAGCUUGAUUCAAGAAUCUGCUUCUUGCAGUACUAUUGACGAAGUGCAUUAUGGGCUCAAGUGGGUGCAUGAUUUGGCAGCUCUACCCGACCCCUGUAAUUCCUCGUUAGUCUUACCUUUAAUAGAAUCUGCUAAGAGGCUUCUUAGUAUCCCUGUUAAAAAGAAAGAGCCUGUGACCCCUGAGGUUAUUCAGCUUUUAUUUGCUAAGUAU